ACGUCUCUCCAAUGGCGCCAAUAGGCGUCCCUGUUCACGUCUGAAUAGUCGUACUAUACAUCCUGCCCUACUGAUAACCAGAUGUCAGUGAACUAAUCGAGCCUGGUAAAACGUAGCUGCUCAAAACAGGCAAAGAUGGGGUUUAUACAUCGAUAAUAUCUACAGAAAAUAAGAUGACUGGUUUUGCAUCAUGUCCAGGCAUUGUGAUCAUCACUCUAAUAACAUCCCUAAUCUCCAUCCCUGUCAAGGCAGAAAUAUGGACGAAUGAAAUUUCAGAUGUCCAGUAUGGAAGAAUAGGAUCAAAUGUAACUCUUUUAUGCAGUGCUUCCAGAAAUGGCUCUGCAGUGGAGUGGAGACUGAAUGGCACUCGAGUUGCUUCCUCAUUUGCAGUCUUACAGAAUGGGAAUCUCAUCCUGACCAAUUCAGACUCCACAAUGGAAGGCAAUUACAGCUGUCACGACAAGAAGGGGCAGCUCCUGACAGCCACAGCACUGAGGCUUGGAUGUAAGCUGUAG